GCGGGAGGCUCGGCGUUACUCCUGUGGUGAAUACCUGUGUGUGUCCAUACAUACUUCAGCAGUAUCUCUACAGUAAAAUGUAUAUCUAGUCCAGAUAGUUGUGACGGGUGUCCAGUCAGCGUCUACUUCUUCACGAUCUACAUAGUACGCGUUAUCUACCGAGAUAUGUACCACUGUUACGUUAUAGACACAUCUAUGAAUCUAUUUACUUUGUAAGGUCAAAAGUUCAAACAGGGAUAAGCCGGGCACGUGAUAUGUUUACGGAUUUUAAUAGUAGAGUGUGAGACACAGUGUGAGACACAUUGAAAGCUAUCUCAUUGUUUAAUAUCCAGUGAAAUUCUACAAGCGAGAGUGCCACCAUGGCUUCUGAGAGUACCAGUAAAACGGAGGGAAAGACCGUCAUUAUUGCGAUUGAUGGCAGCGAUAUAGCCAAAUACGCCCUCGACUGGUACGUGAAAAAUGUACACCGACCCACUGACAAUAUCAUCCUCGUACACGCCGUGGAGCUCAACGAGAUCCUACACAACCAACAGUGGUACUCGUCCCCCUACACGUUUGACAAAGAUGUCCUUUUCACCCUACUGGAGGAUGAGAAGCGGAAAAUCACACACAAGCUUGAGGAAUUCGCCCUGCUUCUCAAAACUCGACAGCUUGCUGGGUCUGUGAAGAGCGCACACGCCAGUAGCCCGGGUGAAGGGAUCGUGAAGGCUGCAAUAGAGAAUCAUGCAUCCCUGAUAGUGACGGGGACCCGGGGGUUGGGGUCCAUACGGCGGACCUUCCUGGGCAGCGUCAGUGACUAUAUUCUCCACCACAGUCCAGUGCCAGUCAUCGUUUGUCAUAAGCCUUAAACACGCCCCUCGUCGGACCAUCGGAACUUGUUUUUAUCCAAGGCGAUCUUUCCCGACUAUAUACAGACCACACCUUACUAUGGACAAUUUUGUACGUUAUUAUCCAGAUCUGGGGUUGAUGAUACUGAGCUGCCGUUCGGCACCAAGCUCAGACACGUGAUCUAAUUAACAUAUGCCUGUCAAUCAAGUGUUGCCUGGAAUAUUAACGAAUGGCGACCAAGUCCUCAGGUGAUUUUCAUGCUCACACAGUGUGUACCAUUUAUAUACAAAGCCUAGUAUGGUCAUAUGUGUGUUUUAUUUCAUUUACAAAAUUCAAAAACCAAUUAAUAAAUCUUCAUCUUAACUAGGAUCACUAUGACUCCUGAUGAACUUAAAUAAGAAUAGAUAUACUCAACACAAGCAUAACAAUAACGGAACUUGAUUCUAUCUGGGUCUGUUACAGUCAUUGAUUUGUCGCAACAAGCACAUGCGUACAUGUAAUAAACUAGGCCAUAAUCCAUGGUUUGAAUACAUGUUUGUUAUAUUGCACGUUUCGUUUUAGUAACAUUUCAUCUAAUGAAUAAGUCCGAAAUUUCUUACUUCCCUAGCUUAAGACCAGGAAGAACUGGAUGAAACGGGUUUAGUACAUCCUAUGUGUAUACAUAAUCCCGAACGCAUACUGAUGAUUAUUUACUAAAACUACGACAUCGAUUGUCUAGGGGACCACUUUUACGAUUGGACGUUAUCUCGUAAUGAAAUAUAAGACCAACGAGUGUACUGUUGUCACGAGAGAGUUGAGUGAUUAGGCUUGUCCUCAUGAGUCAGACCCGACUCCUUCUGUACGGCCGUGUGAUUGAUAGAAUAUCGUGUAAUUGUAAAUAAAUCAUUUUUCAUCAUCA